AUGGCUUCAAUCGCCAGCAGGUCAUCUUUAUUUGAGUCUCCAUCAGUUCCUAGAUCAUCUCAUCAAUGGAAGACCGCUCUGCAUGAUGUCAAGCUUCUGUAUAUCCAGCGCCAGUACAAACAAUGUGCUGGCCGGGCUACGGAGCUGCUCGAGAAAGCUAGAGAACCUCUGCACCCCGUCUACAAGACGUACCUCUACUUCUACAGCGCAGUCUGCUAUGAGGAGAUGGGUCGAGCCGCUCACAAGUAUUCCAGCACCAAAGUUCCACUCCUACAAGGCGCGUUAGAUCGGUUUGACAUCUGUAGCACCGUUCUGCCCUCUCCCAUACCGGUCUCGAGCCGCUCUUCGGAGGAGUCGAACUUCCCCUCACUGGGAGAAUUCUCUUCCCCUUCUGAGUCCUCAGAAAGUCCAUCAACUGUGCCCAGUCUUGUCACCAGCAUCACAGAUAUCAUCGACAGUACCAUUCAGUGGAAAGAAGAGGAUCCAUUCAUCUCAGACAGUAAUUCCUGCCCAGAUACAGACAUUGGAGCCGUUACCAGAGUUGUCGAUGGCAGAGCAGACCGUCUGCUUGUUCCUCCUCCAUUGACAUUCAGGAAGUCCUCCGAUGAGAUUCCUCCGCCUACGGUAGUUCUCCGUGAUCCAGGCAACACUGCACCUCGGAGAGAGAGACCAGACCGAGCUCCUCUACCUCCUCCACUCCCUAUCAAGGUUGUUCCUCGUGCAGCCACAGGUAAAUACAAGAGAACGAUAGAUUCACCACUAGACAAUAGAGAUUCCCGACUAUGCACUGAUGACUUACUUAUCGAUUUAAACGAGAGAAAGCCUGCACCUGCGACCCCACAGUACAGUGAUUCCAUCAGACGCUACAAUAGCAGUAUCCGAUCCCUGCGAUCUCAAAUCGACUCCAGUUUUAACUCAAUUCAUGUGCUGAUCGAUGAAAUCGAAGAGAAGCAGCAUACCCGCAAAAUGGCCAAGACUAUCAAGCGAUCUGCAUCGUUCUGGAGCUUUAGUCCUAUCAAAGCGGGUGAUGGAUGCUGGGAGAAGGUCGAGGUUCCGAAAAGGUCCCCGGGCAGAGAAACUAAGCAGGAGAGAAUCGAGCGGCUACGCGGUGAAGGAUGGAAGACAGUAGGACUACGAUCUGCAGCGCGGGGAUGGAAAGGAGGAGAAUACUACAAGGUUUAUUGCAGUUCUGUUUUGGACGAACUUUAUUUGGAGUCGUAG